ACAUAACAUUUGAGAAGACUACAGAAGAGAGAAAGAAAGCCUGAUCCGGGAGCGGCUAUAGACGAGUGCCCGUCUUUAUGAGACGCUGUUGUGACCUCUUUCAGAAUGGAGAGCUUCAAAGACCUGAUGCAGAAGCUGCAGGAGACCCACGAACGAGAAGUGGAAGGGUGGCAGGUGAAAGUCAAAGAACUGUCCAACAAGAAAGGCUGUGAUUCGAAGCGAAUGGAGGAGUUGUUCAGCAGGAACCAGCAGAUGAAAGAGCAGCAGAGACUACUCACCGAGAACAUCAAAACUCUGGAAAACAGGCUGAGGGCCGGACUGUGUGACCGGUGUACGGUAACACAGGAGGUGGCGAAGAGGAAACAACAAGAAUUCGAAGCCUCGCAGAUCCAGAGCCUCCAGCACAUCUCUCUACUAGCUGGAGAGAUGACAAACCUGAAAAAAGAAAACCUGAGACUCAAAGAUGAACUCAGAAAACUACGAGCGGCACUGGACAAAGGCCACAGUGAAGCCUCCUCCAAUAACGGCAGCUUUGUGGACGUCAAACCGAACGCCUCCCCCGACCUGUCCCCCUCCCCCGGGGUCGUGGCCCUCCUCAGCCCGACACCCGGCAGGAUCGACUCACAGCCAGCAGAUGGCGACAUGGUGAUGAAGACUGAGGUGGACCGCAGAGGUGAACAAGCUGAACGCAGCAGACGCUCGAGAGGCAUGAACCGCAGCAGCUUCGAAGUAUACAAGCCUCAGCCAACACCAGCUGUGCCAUCCUGGAGAAUGGAGCACAGUGUCCCCCGUCCUGGAGACAGGAUUGUUGAAGUAUUUGAGCAGCACUCCUCCAUUCCUGCCCAACCUCCUCGGAAGAACCGCUCGUCCUCUCCAGAGGUGAAACAGAGCAGACAUGUAGUCCAUGCACCAAUCCCCUGCCAUCCUCAGCCAAUCAAGAGCAGCUCUAUCUCCCUCCCCUGGCCCCUGUCCGAAUCCUCAGACUGGGUCUCUGUGGCUGCUGGUGGAUCCAGCCCCACAAUGCAAACUUCUCCCAGAAUGCAUCUGCCACGGUACCCCAACCUGAUCCCACCCAUCUUGCAGACCAGCACCAGAAGGCACGGUUUUGUCUCUCCAUGGCAAAAGCCAAACUCCCAUCAGCCCCCUGCAAAAGAGCCAAUGGUGGUGUUCAAGCUAAGGAGGGUGCCAGAUUACCCAGAGAGUGACUCUAAGACCCCAGAGAAAAAGGAAAGCCCACCUCCCAAGUGUGAGAAAGUCUCUGGAGAAUGGUUUAGAGACUCUUGCGACAGGCCUUUGGACCUUUCAGAUCGAGGAAAGUCUACAUCCAACCAAGCUCCAAAUGAUUACUCCCCCAUAGCCCUAGUAAGUGAGGCAGGACCACAGAGGAGCCCUGACCACAGUGUGAAUCCAUCUGCUUCAUCACCUUCACUAGUUGUCAUUCCAUCAUCUUCUUAUACAGCUCCAGUCAAAAGACGAGAGCAAGAGCUGACCGACGAUCAGAACAACGAGGUCAAAGAGCAGGAGCAGAACGAAGAGGCAAACAAUGAAACGGACCAAAGCAAUGAGAAAAAGGUUCCUGUCCUAACUCUGUCACUACGUCCAGCAGUUGUGAGGCUGGAGACUCUGGACCCUGUUCUACAAAAGCCGGAAUUAAUAUCUUCAAAUGGCAAGUGAGCUUGUGUGCUUUUUGCAUUGUCAAAGUCGGCGUCUUCGGCGACCGAGGCUGAGAGCAGCUUGGAUGAGCAGGAAGAUGAGAACCGAGUGGGACAGGAUGGCAGCAAGAGGAAGAGAGCAUCUGUCGAGACAGAAACCGACAGAGACUCUGACACAAGCAACGUUCACCAGGAGCGGAGAAUCAAGAUCACAGUGAGAACUGAGGAGAGGAGUCCGAGCUAAAAACAAAAAAGGACAAAAAUACCUCCAUAUAACAGAUAUUUCACCAAACAGAUGGGACGCUUCCCGCUCGGAGGCAGCACAACAAACUGCAACCCAGCCGAAGGCUUCCACAGUCGGUAGACAGGAAACACUCGUCAGCGUUUUGUUUGCGUCCAUCUGAACCGUCCACGUCCAGCUGUCACUAUUU